UUUUUAAACGCAUAACGUAGUUUGUGGUAUACUGUUUCAGAUGGUGUGAUUUUAUCCUGUUUGUUCGUGAUCUUGAUGGACCGGUAGUGUUGUUAUUUUUAUUUAAGGAUGUUGAAAUAAUGUCAAAUAUGCAAGAAUCCACUGUAGUAUUGAAAGCUUCUCCUCAUAUCACAUCUUACAGACACUUCAUCUUGCCCAUAUGGGGAAAUGUUUUGCGACUUCAGAAGAGAGACUGGGUGGGCAGUCAAUCUUCAAGCAUGACAGAGGGUGAUGUGGAAUGUUUCUCUGAGUACAUGGAGCUUUGGAUCCAUAGAAUGAGAAUUGAGGGACUGAGGCUUUGGCUUUCUGGAUUAUUACGAAUUCAAGUGGGUUUGGUGUCCAUGGAGAAUCUGAACCAUCAGCUUUCUUCAUGUGGGUUUGCCCUGCACAGAGAUCUGGAAAAGAACUAUAUCUUUAGAGUCAUGUACAGUGGAUGUUUUGUCCAGUUAGAGCAUGGCAAUUAUGUGAUUGUGCUGAACCUGCUGAAGAGAGUAAGUCGUUUAGGAGGCAGGACUCAAAAGUUUCUGAUGAAGUGUCCAGCGGUGUUAGCGCCUCCUAACAGAGAGUACAUCCAGUGUGAUUCAGACUUCAUUCAGGUUACCAGAGAGAUCCCUGUGGAUAACUGGAAUAACGAGCUGGACUGGUCUCUGGCCUUGAGUGGGAGUCUGGUGGUGGCUUUGGAGGAUUCCAGUCUUAUUCAAGUAAAUGUUGAAAUGCACAAACCAAACAUAACAGUUCAGGGGAGGAGAGACACCAUCUUAAGUCUUGUGCAGGUGUUCAAAUCGGAAGGACAUUUCUUACCUCUCAAACUGGUCAGUGGCCAUUAUGCCUACAGCAUGGAGGCGACCUGCCCAAACGUGAACCAGUCAUCAUCUGAAGACACGGUGCUGCAUGUCUAUAAACGGCGUAUGGGUUUGACCAAAAGAGGUGGAUAUCAAAAUGAGACCCUGUCAGUCAGCAGUGUGAUUGUGGAACAGACUGACACAUUCACCUGGUCAGAGACAAGUGACUUUGUGCAGCUUAUCAUUCACACAUCCCACAUUCAACAGAAAAAGGAGUGCAUUGGUCAGGCAGGUGAGGAACUUCAGCAAAAUUUCUACAAGAUAGAUGCUGUUCUCACAUUUAAAGAGACAAAUCACAAAAUGCACUGGACCAUGGAAAACACCUCACCUUGUUCAGAGAUGUUAAAAUCGCACCUCCAUUUAAUGCGUGAUGACCCACAAGAAGCUAAUGUGACUGCACAUUCACCCGAGGGGAUUACAGGCAAGCCAGAAGUUCCUGUUAGUUCAAACAAAGAGUUUACUCCUUCUGUGGCACCAGAGACUGUAUCUACAGCAUCGCAGACAGCUGAUGAGGAAACCAGCAUCACCUCGGUACAAUCCCAACAACUGAGGCUCUUAGUACGUCAUUGAGUGCUUCAACAUAAAUGGAGAUAAUGAUACAAAAAAAGUAUUUGCAGCUACAGUUUACUGCCUAAAGCACAACCGAGAUCUCUGGAGAAGUUCAUCUGUGCAUCGCUGACAGUGAGGGGCCGCGAUGCAGAACGGAUGGAAAUGCAGGUACCAACUGCACAUGUGUCGGUGAUUUUCCAAACAACACUAUUACUAUUGGUAGUCCAUUAAUCACAACAGAUGUAAUCACAGUUUGAAAUACAGCUACACAUUUAAGCGCCAUUUUCCCUCAGUCUGGGAUUUACAACACAACAGUCAAGUGGACCCAUGCAUCUUUUCCGUUGACAAGCAAAGUGCCGUUGGAAUCACAUGUGGGGAAUGAUUACAUCCAAGACUGUGUUGGUCAUGCCAUUUAAAUACGAACUACUGUCUCAGAACUCUCUCAGCUGUGUGUGUCACAUCUCAGAAGUAAAUGUGGUGUCUAGUAUAAAAAAAAAAAAGGGUGUUUAUUCUCAA